AUGGACGAUCAAUUCGGUGGACGGACGGAUGACGAUCUCUUUGCCGACGAUUUCGAGCCUGUCGCGGAGGAAACUUAUGUCGAGCCAACCCCGUUGGUAAACAACAACACAGUCGCACCUCCUCAAGCACCAACUGCUCCCGCAGCCGAGAUCGAACCGGCUCUAUUACCAGUCAAACCAGUCAAAGCAGUCAAAGAGAUUGCGCCUCCAUCAAAGAAGCCAAGUGCGUUAUCCCAAUCGCGACACAAUACACAAAACCCACAGAAGCCGGCGCAACCUCAACAACACCCACAGCCACAGCCACAGCAACAGCCGCGCCCUCGCAAGCAGUCGCCAAAGCCCGUCGUUGUUACAGCUCUUUCCGAUCCCGCGCCAGCGCCGGCGCCUGCUGUUGAAGAUGCUCGCGCUCAGACUCCCACGACAACGACCUCCAACGAUGCGCCCUCAACCUCGGCACCUGGCUCGAGUAGCGCACCUCCCAUUGCUCCAACCGCUCCCGCUGUAGCCGUGCCACCAGGCUCUAACACAGCCGGCCCUAACCGCCACCUCAGCGGCAUGAAUCCACGCCAGAAGCUGACCGAAAUGGAACUAGCAGAGAAGAUGGAGAAGAUGCGCGUCGCCAACGCCGAGCGGACGCGCAGAUUCCAGCAAGCCGAGCAGGAUAGCCGCAGCCACCAGAUUGCCUACGACCGCGACAUGGUCGAGGUGCGGAAGCGCAAGGCGGAGGAGGCUGAGCGGCGCAAGCGCGGCGAGGAGGAGCGCAAGAAGAUGGAUGAUGAGCGGGAGCGCAACAGGGAGCGCAAGCUCAAGGCGUUGGGCAGCUGGGAUCAGGAGAAGAGUUUACAGGAGGAGCCUGAGCGCUGGAAUUUUCGAAGCGCGAAUGGAGGAAUCCGAGGGGAGAGGCGCGGCGGAGGUGGUUUAGCGGGCAGUAGGUUCGCAGAGCGCGACGAUAGGGGCGAGGAUGAUGCCCCUCGAGAAUUUGGCGCCGGUGAGUUCAGAGGGCGUGGAAGGGGACGCGGGGGGCGUGGGGAUCGGGGAUCUCGAGGCGGUAGAGGAGGUAGAGGGGGCUUUGAUGGAGAGCGAGGCCCGAGAGAGCCACGUAAUGGCACAUCAAAGCCAACGCCUCAAGCAAUGCCAAUGGAGGACGAUUUCCCGGCGUUGCCCGGAGCGCCACAGAAACUUGAUACAUCCGGAAAGCCAGCCACUGACAACAAGCUGCCGACGUUAUCACCGGGCCCGAUCUCGCCUCCGAUAGGAUCGGGUAACUGGGCUGACGAUAUGGAAGCAUUUGAAUCGAAAAAGGCAUCUUAA